AUGAAGCUGCUUCUGCUGACGGCGCGUCGCGUGGCGCGCGCAGCUACCCCCGCGGCGGUGAAUGCGUUGCGUCCGUCAAUCGCUCGUCCGAUGGUAAACGCUGUGUCGAUGCCCGGUGCGCGCUUCAUGAGUGACAAAACUGGCGACAAGAAGAACACAGACGCUUCCAAGCUGUUCGCUUCCAAGGACGACAGUGACAGUGAUAGUGACAGUGACUCAGACUCGGACAGCGACUCAGAUAGCGAUUCAGAUGAAGAGCAGGUGGUGGAGGUGGAAGAGCUGGAAGAGCUGCUGCCUAUUGACGAGGAGGGCAUUUCCACGGCUGAGAGACGACGCCGUCUUGACGCGUUUUUGGCACACAACGCCGAUUUCUUCGACGAGGAGCGCUGGGGCGCACAGGACGGCGAAAAUUGGUUUGGCUUUGACGGCAACAUUGACGCCGUGACCGAGGAGGGCGUGCCCACGUGGCUGCAGUCUGUGCGUAACAUGGUGACCGUCGAGGAAGAACGCGCGAUCCGCGCCAAGGCGGCCCGUAUCGCAUUUCACGAGGCCAAGAACAAGGUUGUGCGUGUGCGAAAGCUCGACGAAAAGGGACGUGCCUAUGGCACUGGCCGCCGUAAAACCAGCACAGCGCGUGUGUGGGUCAAGCCUUCUGCGGAGCCUUUUAUGGGCCGCAUUAAGGUGAACAAGAAGGACCUGGUGGACUAUUUUGUGCGUGACACGCAUCGCGAAGACGUGCUCAUGCCUUUCUCUGUGGUGGACAAGAUCGGCGGAUUCGACGUGUACUGCACGGUCAAGGGCGGAGGCGUGACCGGCCAGGCCGGCGCCGUGCGUCACGGUAUCGCCCGUGCGCUGCAGAACUUCGACCCGGAGAUGCGUCCGGCCCUCAAGAAGGCGGGCCUGAUCACGCGUGACCCGCGUAUGGUCGAGAGGAAGAAACCUGGUCAGGCCAAAGCCCGUAAGAAAUUCCAGUGGGUCAAGAGAUAG